AUGAGGUUUAUAGGACAGUUGUAAUCGUUGUUAUGGAGACAGUCAAAUCCCCCUUUUAAGGGUUAACUCCCUUGCGUGGAUGUUUGUAUAAAAGAUAAUUUCACUGCCUCAAAUUAUUUUCAAACAAUAUCACACUAAUGCACCCUCAUAAAACAUCUAUAUACGUCUAUAUGAGUCCUGAAGUUGUAAAUAUAACCCACAGGAAACAUACUGGACAUGGCAAAGGUAAUGAGAUUAAUUUUGUUUACCCUUCAAUAUGUGAUAUAUCCACCAUCAGGUGCUUUAUGUGUUCAUUUGCAUGCAUAGGUUCUCUUUGAGUAUAAUAGACUAGUAAACUCAUUGCUGGUCUCAAACUGAAAUUUUGCAUUAUGUAAUAUUUAAUAGUUUUUGAGCAACUAUGUCCAACGUAGCAUAGCUGUGCAAAACAAUAAAAAGGACCACAAACAGUGAAAAUAGAGGUCUUACUCCUAAUGUUAGAAAACUGAGGCGGAGAGAUGACCGUGAGGACAGGCAGGGUGGGAGAAGGCGAAAGCUUGGAGAAAAGCCGGGGACUGCCCAUGAUGGAUGGGCGGAGCAGUAGGCUAAGCAUGCGCUGAGCUGGCAGGCUCUGGGCUGGUCCUGACGGGCUGGCUGCUGGGCUCCGGGCGGCUGUCUGUGCGCGUCAGACAGUGGUGGGGGAGACUACCAUCAACACUCAGCUUCUCCUCGAGUGCUUAGGAAAAACAAAAACAAAAACAAAAAACAAACAAACAGAAGAGGCACGAGGAGAACUGCGCGAAAAGAAAGCAAACUGCUCUACCUCGGCAUUUGGAAAAGCACCGAAGAAGAAGGAGACGAUCCUCCUCUACCCCACACCCCAUCGCCAACCCGCCCUGUCUUUCCCAUCCACCACUUCGUGCCAUCCCUCUGGUCUGAACUGCCCUCCCACCCCCCUCGGAGAACCACGACCACCCACAGGAAACCCCCACUUGACCAGCGUUGCCAUUAAGCGAUGCGAUUUGAAUUUCGGAAGAAAUCACCUUUGCGCCUUUGAUGCACAACACAACCAGUGGUCUUGAUUUUUUUCCUCAGCGGCAACAGUUCAGGCUAUGGAUUCGGGUGUUUACACUUUUUGACGGGUUCGCAGUGGCAUGAUAACAUGCAAAAUAUCAUUUUGCGACAAGAGACAAGACUGUCAUUUCAUAGAUUAGUUUUUAUUUAAACAACCAGCUGUCACAUACGCUGGGUUUAAGCUUAUGAUAGAUUUUUCCAAGCUUAGAAAUAAUCCCGACAAUGGUCUGGGAACAGACCGCCUCUCCAGACACUUAAUUAUAUAUUUUUUUCAAGACGUGUCAGUUGUUAUUUUCGUUUUUGUCGAAAAAAGCGACAAAUUGACAAGGGGUCACUUGACACCUACGCCGUUUAAACCUAAGGACUUGAGAAGUUUUCUCCAGGGGAGACGUGGACCAAACCGGAGACAUCUCGGCCACAUCCACGGCAUUUUCGCUGUAAGUUGGGAGGUCAGUGGGUUCCAGUCAUGCUGUCCCUGGAUGAGCCUCUGGACCUGAAACUCCCUCGGAGGGCCAAUGGGAAAGACAGAGGAGCGCGGUCUCCUCCCCACUCACCUCUGCAACCCAAGCAAAUCCGCCAACUUCGCAUGGCAGAUGAUGGGACAGCAGUGAUAGAGCCUGCCUCACCAGCAUCUCCGUACACAGGUGUGCAGGUGGUCCCUCAUGACCGAACAGACACCCCAACCCCCCCUGCGGUGGACUUGAGCUUGUCUCCUUCCUCCCGCCACACCCCCAGUUCUCCAGAAAUGACCAACGGCAAUUAUGCCCCCUCAGGGAAUUCUCACCUCUCACAGGCAUUUCAGUUCUUUGUGCCAAUUGGAUCUGGGGCAGGACUUCACCUUCCAUCCUCUAUGUUUAUUAGCCAGACAAGUGACAAGAGAGCCUCUCCUGACCUUUCAGCCGAUGAACAACUGGCCUGUCGCUGGAAGAAGUGCCAUCUUCUCUUUGACUCCCUACAAGACCUAGUGGACCAUGUCAAUGACUUCCAUGUCAAACCUGAGAAGGAUUCUGGGUACUGUUGCCACUGGGAGGGCUGUGCACGCAAAGGGAGGGGGUUUAAUGCUCGGUACAAAAUGCUCAUUCAUAUCCGCACCCACACUAAUGAGAAACCCCAUCGCUGUCCCACCUGCAACAAGAGCUUCUCACGCCUGGAGAAUCUCAAGAUACACAACCGUUCACACACAGGUGAAAAGCCCUACAUUUGUCCUUACGAGGGUUGCAACAAGCGUUACUCCAACUCCAGUGAUCGCUUCAAACAUACUCGCACACACUAUGUGGAUAAGCCCUACUACUGCAAGAUGGUGGGCUGCUUGAAGCGCUACACAGACCCCAGCUCUCUGCGCAAGCACAUCAAAGCGCAUGGGCACUUUGUGGCCCAGGAGCAGGGCUCCCCAGGUGGGGUGGGAUCCCUGCUAAAGGGAAGUCAGAGUGGAGGUCUUACUAGUAGUGGGGGUAAGGAUUCAGAGUUGUCCUAUAUAAGUGGAGCCCACAUUAUAAUCCCUGGAGCUACAGCUGCUCUUCUUGGAGGCCAUGCUCUUCAGGGCCUUGGUGGUGCCCUACCACUGUCCCCCCUCAGUCCUAGGCCCCUGGACCUCAGCACACUGGGUAGCCCAAACUCCCCUCCAGGCAGCUUGGGAGGCACAUCUAUUCUGUCCUUCAACAGCUCCCCUCUAGGCUUGGCCAAGUCACCUUUGCUCUCCCCAACAUUCCCCUCCUCUGCCCUUGGCCUACCGAUGGUGCCGGUACUUGGGGCUGCAACUGAGCGCAGGGCCCAGAGCCACCAGGCAAAGAGAGGCAGGGGAGAAGAGGCAGAAAAUGAGGUGACUAGGGGGGUCCUAAAUCUCUCCACUGGAGGGUCUCAUGAUCCCCUGUCCUGGGUGGUCAUCCCCCCAGGCGCUGUGGUGCUUAAGCCAGCUGUGGUCAACUGAUUCACAUACAAAUAUAUAUACACACACAUACAUUCCAGAGGAGCUCAGGGGGGUUCGGGAUAGAAGAGUCAAUGCCAUAGUAAGAGUAUGGGUGGUCAGAGAUGAUAGGAUUGGCUUUCACAAUCAAAUAUAGGAAAUGCAUUGAGGAGCUAUAUGUUUUAAAAAAAGAAAACAAUGGGGAAAUUUAUUAAACAUGCAGGCAGAAAAGCACUGCAUCUCACCUCAAGUUUCUAAGAAUUAACUAUACAACGCAAGCCUCUUGUUGGAAAAUUAAACUUGAGGCCCAAGAACUGUGUUCAGGAACAAUCCUGUAUUCCUUUCACAAAGCCUUACAAUAGGCUCCUCUUCUCUUUUCUAUUUUCUCUUUGAUACUUUCAUUCCAGCUGGUUCUGUGGACAAGGACCAUAAUCGUGAGUCUUUGUUCUCCGUGUUCUUAAAAACGUCCUCAUUCAUCAUUAAGUAUUUAUAUGACUCUACUUUGACAGUGUGCCUCCAGCUUAGCAGUGAGAUACAGUACAUACACCAUGAAUGAAGCACUCACAGUUAGGCAAAUGUGCGUGUUAUUGGAGAAUAUUUUAGAUUUUAAAGUUAUGACCUAUUUUUCACAAGCCAAUGUGAUUAAUAUGAUUCAGACAGGCUUGCCGAACCAAAGCAAGUGAACUCUGACUGUCUUGUAUUUGGGCAGAAAGCAGAUCAACUAAACACAGCACUUAAUAGUAUCAGCUGGUUAUAGUAUUGAAACCUCAAAACUGCUGCUAACCUCUCUGCUCCUCCAGCACAACAUACCUGGGAAAGAGCACUUUUGACAAUCUGUCCCCAGUUUGGGGAGGGUGACCAACACAGACCAGCCUAGUCCACCAGAAUGUGUGCCAGGUGUGCAGACUAGAGGCUUUUGAAACACAGAGUGAGCUGAUGUCUUAACAUUGACAAAUGGUGUUACAUCACCUGGCAAUGACUAAUCAUCACUUCCUCCUUUUUGCGAGUGAAAUUAAAGCACUGGUGUGUCUGACUCCCCCCUCUGGUAGGAUAUGAUAGACAACAUCCCAAGUGCCACACACAGAACUAUCACUGUUCUGCUGCUGGAUUGUCCAGCUGCUUUCCUGUAAUUGAAUCAACACAGCCAAUCUGUGUAUGAAAGGGCCACUGUGGUGAUAAACACUACUGUCUUUUUAUUUUCUAAACUAAAACGACCCAAAACCAGCUGUGAAAAACAGGUGGUGGUCCAGUCAAGGUUUAACUUAGACUUGUCAACUUGAGUUUUACUCUACAAGAUCUAGCUGUGCCAAAAAUACCUGGAGAAGGGCAAGUGGGAUGUUCACAUUGUGCUACAGCGGAUGGGGGAGUGGGAUGCACGCAAUGCUGCUGACAGCUGGACUGACUUAGAAGCCACACUUUUGCAAACUGCCUCAUUUUACUCUGUCCAAAGGGGCAAAAAAGGAGAAAAAAACUUCUGGGAAAAUUUUUCUCAUGGUUCGAUUAAGCAGUCUACAUGCACUUACUAUAAAACUAUACCUGUUUUAUGAAAUGUUAGUUUAGUCACGUGGUUCUUUUAAAAUGGUUUGCUCUUACUCCAUUUUUCUGCAAGACUCCAUUUUGCGUUCAUGCAUGUAUGAAACGGACUUCCAUGUCUACGUAAGAGAGGAAGGGAAGCAGGAGAGGUUCCUCACAGCAUAAAGGACAUUCCAUCAAGAAAAUGAUAACCUCCUCUCUCUUCUCUCCUCUUCCUUUCUGCUAAUGUUGGUGAUUUUCUUUAUCAAUCACUCUUUCUUGGGGGUGUUUCAUUCACUUGUUGCCAUUUUAUUUUCUUAUGUCAUUAUUUUGUGCUGUUAUUCAGACGAGACAUUUUCUUGUGAUGUUGAAGUUGCUUCUUGUGUUCUGCAAUGGCUGCUCUGCAAUCAGCUUUCUGCUGCCGAGGAUGAGUCUUACAAGGAGUUGAGGUGAGGGAGAGAGGAAAAGAUUUGGGUGUUUUUCCAGGGCAGGGUUGCACACGAAAGGGGUAAAUUGGUCAAUUUUUAUAUACUCUAACAAUAUCAGGACUCAUUGCCUGUAAACAGAGUGCCCAUGCAUAUUGUUCCCUUAAUAAUGAAGAUUUUUUUUAGCUGAUGCUCUCACAAGAUGACAAAUUAACUUGUUCUAUUGGGUAAACAAAUGGAUUUGAAUACCUCCAUACAACUGUGCAGGAAUGCUAGUAUUACUGUAGACCCUUAACGUGUCUUGAUUUUUGUAAAAUAUUGAAUAUGCAUUUCUGUUCAAGGUUGUUAAACCCUUUAAGUGAAACAGUGGCAAAGAGAAACUCUCUUAUGUUGCAAACCAAGGCCAUAAAAAGUAAUUAGAGGUAUUAAAUAAAGAUUAUUUUGUUAUAUCAUUAGACGACACAAGCCAAGACAAUUGGAAUCUUUGCUCUGAGGAGUAAAAAUCAUUUAUGUGCAUAACCAGUGGGCAAAAUGACAUUAACGUUCCUCUGAUGAGCAUGAGUAUAUGAAAUUCAGAAAAGGUAAGGGCAUAAAAUGUUUCUUGGUGUAGUUACUAUCCUAACAGGAAGCUGACUUUUUAAUUGGAUUUGCAAUCUCCACUUCCUUUGUUAAGACCUUUUAAGUUAAUAAAAAGGGCUAAAUUAGUGAGAUAAAAUCUAACUGUGAAAUGACUGGCAGCACUGGGAGAGUGUGAGAGGAAGGAGAGAGGCUUGGUUGAAUGGACAAGGGACAGGGAGGGCAGGAGCUGUGUGCCAGCAGAGGAUAGCGGUGCUGUGUUUCCACUCUCCAUCUGGCCACCUACCCAGAAAACGGCCCUCUCAGUAUUGAAGGCAGGGGGUGUGCUGUGGCCAGUGUGGCUGUCACUAACACACCAGCCUGCAGAAAUCUAGGCCACUGAACUCUGUCUGCCCUUUUUUUUUUUUUUUGGUAGAUUUAACUCAAAGGCUAAACUCCCCCCACCUCCCUGCUAAAAAGAGUUUUACAAAAGAUGGAGGGCAACCAAAAAUCUACAUUCACAGUAAAUCAAAACCGAUAUUCCCCUUUGCGUCGAGGUUGUGGUGUCAGGCUGCCUGCAGGUUAGCAGUUAGCGCAGAGAUGAGCAGCGUAUCUGUGUUUCUGCCUCCAAUAACCACACGGACACAAAAGAAUUUUCUUGCUGUGAAUGAACAAGUCUGGCAUGUGAUAUCGUCAGAAACAGGUGUCAAGUAAGUCAGACAUUGUCUCCAUGGCAACAGUGAAACCCACAGAUGCGGCGACUCUCCUUUUCCUCCUCAUUUUGUCCGUCUCUCCUCUGCCGGUCGAAGCCAGGGACACAGACUCAGCGUGGCAGCAGAAAUCUGAAUUUGACACAGAUCCUGACAGGAUCCACACAAUUUCAAUAUGAAAUAAGCUGUAUGAUCCAUUAACCCUUUGAGCUCAGCCUGUAAUAAACUGCACUUUUCCCCCCUUAUAGAGUGUAUAGAUUUGGGGAUGCUGCAACAUUUUUAUUCUCAGUGUAAAGCAUUGUUUAUCAGUUGAUUUUGGGAACCAAGUAUAAUCGUGAAAAUUGUUGUCAAUCACUAAAAUGUCUGAAUUUUCACAAACUUUUUCAAAGUGGUACAUGCUCCUGGAAAUGUUAAAACAAGCUUCACUUAAUGUUAUUAAAAGGGGAAGUGAGACCCAGGACACAAAAAUAAACUAACUAGGUCAGUGUCAUUACAUGAGGUUACCUUUGUUGGAAGUGCCACAGAGUUGCACAAAGGGUUAAUGAUAAGACUAAGGCCACACAAGGUCCGUUUCAAGUUAUGUUUUUGCACAUUUGUGAGAUAUGUCAGUAUUUUAAUUUUUCCAAGUGCCUUUUUAUGAUAGGUAAAUACAGAUGUUAUACACUACAAAAAAUAUUAUAUGAAACUAUAUUUUCCUGCCAUCAUGUUCUAUGGUUGGACAUGAAGAAUUAUAGUUGUAAAAGUCUCCAAUUGGUACAAAAUAGCGUUGUUCUCCUGUUUUAGAGGAAUUUUAUUACGAUAUUGAUAAUAAUGUCAAUGAAAACAAAAAUGUUUAAUAAAGUUGCAUUUGAUA